UUCAUUGUUUUACACUCACUGUGAUGGAGUUGUUCGUCUUCAUUGUUUUUCAGCUCCUUAUUGAGGUUCAGUCUAACAAUGCUCCUACUGUACAUGUAUCUCCAGCUGUCUUUAGUGAAUCCAGAUCAGUGCAGAUCAGCUGUGAGACGCCAGCAGAUAUUACAGUGAAGCAUUGUGAUUUCACAAUAAACAGAAAACAGCUAGAAAUAAAAGUCAGUCCUCUAUGUGAGCUCAACCUCACUGGUGCUGAAGUGCUCAGACAGGCAGGUGGAAAAUCUCCUCAAUCAGUCAAUAUUACUUGCUGCUACACAAUAAAAGGGAGACGCAAGAAAAAAUCUUCUGAUUCAGUUCCUGCCACAGUCACAGUUCUAGACCAACUUCAGAAACCCGUCAUCAGUGUUACUGAAUACGAGAAUCACCUCGGCAUAACCUGUAAAAUACCACUUUCAGUCAGAGCUGACUUCACCUGUAGUUUUUACUAUGAAGAUGAUGCUAUUCUGGUCAACCGUGACUCUCAGUGGAGAUCAUCUGUAGAGAAACAUAUUUGUGUGUUUAAUCCAACUCUUAGUGAUCUCUUGAGAAGAUCAGUGAAGAGCAGAAAGUUAAGCUGUGAUUAUUCACUGAAGACUGAACCUGACAUCAGAUCUCCACACAGUGACACACACAUCAUUGAAGCUCUUCCUCAGGCCAGACUGUCAGCAUCUGCUUCAGUUCUUCGGGAAUCAGACACAGUUGAGCUGAGCUGUGGGAAUACUGAAGAGCUGAAGAUGGAGAUGUGUGUCUUCAACAUUAAUGGAAGAGAAACCUACUCAAAUCCAAGCUUCUCAUGUCAGCUCUCUCUCAAUGCAUCUCAGAUCAGUGUUUGGUCAGAAGAUCAGAGGUCAUCAGUGAGAAUAACCUGCUUCUACGUCGUGAAGAAGGGACAAUUUAAUGUACUAUCUCCUCCCUCUGAUCCAGUGACAGUCACAGUCCAGAUUUCAUCAUCUACUACUGCACUCGUUACAAUGACCAUGACCAUGGAAAGUACAGCAUCAACUUCAACGUCAACUUCUGAAAGCACACAGAUAUACAGUACAGCAGCAGACCUCAAUUCAAAGACAAAUCUGUCAACCAGCAGAACCAUCCAAACAACGUCUGAUUCAACAGUUCACACUUCAACAGAUCAACCAACCACAACAAAACACACAGCAGCAUCGACUCCUGAAUCCACCACAAAGACAGAAACAUCUGUUCCUUAUGUUACUCACACUGAAGGCCAAUUGCUUCAUUUCUGUCUGGGCUCAUCGGACUGAUGCAUCUUUGCUGUUUUAUUAGUUCUGUUGAUGACGUGAACUACACCUUGUGGAGAAAACAUCUCUUUUUACUUCUAUGUUCCUCAAAACAUGUCACCUGCUUCAUUACACUUAAGGCACCAUUAUAGCUAU